CUGAACGUAGUAUUUGCUUUUUCUAUCUCCUUGGGUUUAUUCUUGGUUUCACUUGGUUUAUUUAUUGUAUUCGAAUAUUUUUUCUGAUAUUUUUAACCCAACAUGGAAAGAGAUUUAAUAAAUACAUCAGAAGUACCCGGAGAAAGAGUAACGAGCACGUAUGCAGAAAUAUACUUACAACAAGAACAUUUUUGUGAAACUAAUGUAAAGGGUGAAGAGGUAAUAAUAGCUGGUGAAAGUUCUCAAAUAGAUCACGAUCUUAUGGAGACAAAUUCCAACUGGGAGUCACCCAGUGACGCACUUAUUACUUUAGUAGAUUUGAAGCCUCCAUUUACUUCCAAGUUUAUUAGAGGGAAAACACACCAAGGAAUUCUUUCAAUUGGCGAUUCAGUUUUACAAGCCGAAAGGGAGAAAUGGUUGAAUAAACUUAAUAAGCUUAUUGAAGAAAAUAAUGCUGUAUGUGAAUACAUACUUCAGCAUGAAAAAGAAAAGAUUAUUGAAAGACUUACAGAAACUUACAAAAACAUUUUUAAUGAAAAGAGAAUGAUCAUGACAGAACAACUUGAUUAUUUUUAUGAGAAGAGCUUAGAUGACUUAGAAGAACAUAUUAAAUCUGAGUUGAGACAUGUUCUCCUUAGUGCCCAUUCAAAUAUGAUUAGUGAUAUGGAUAUUCAAAUAAAUGCUAAACUAUUGGAAGAAAAGAAAAUUCUGAAUAAAAUCUUAUGGGAUCAAUAUUUUAGUGAGAUGCGCAAAAUAAUUGAAUAUUAUAAAUUACUUUUAGAUAAAGAGUAUUAUAGACGGAAUAAAUUUAUAAAAAGGCUAGUCAUUGAAAGAAAUAAUGCUCUUAAUGCUUUUGCAAGACAUUAUGAAGCUGAAACUCUCACCUCAACAAUGUAUAUUUUAGCAAGCGAACGAAAAAAAUGUCGAAUAAAAACAUUUUUACUAAACACUUAUGAUUCUACAGUCACACAAGAAAAUAUGGAUACAAUAAAAAGACAGCAAGAAAUUUUAAAAGAACUUAAAGACAAAGAUGUACCACUUAGCCAAUUAAACAAACAGUGGGAAGAAAAACUAGAAAAAAUAUUACAGCUAUUUUUAAAGUUUAUGAGUUUUUGUAUGCAGUUACUUCCUGAGCAAACAUCGUUUUUGCUGGACCUCAAAACGUUGAUGGUAUUACAACUAAGUGAACUACAAAAGUUUCCAAACGAAACAUCAAACAUUCUAGUUAAAGAAGAAGAUUUUGAGAAUGUGUUUCAUUUUGAAAAGCCGUCACAUUUGGAUCCUGUCUGUGAAGCCCGUCCUUUCAUUAUUGAGGGUGAUUCUUCAGAUUCCAUAAAUGCUCAAUAUGGAAGUAGAGAAACACUUCCUUCUGAUGUUGACUUGCCUUUAUUUAGAGUACAAAGAAAAUUUAUUUAUGCAAAAUGUGAACAUUUUAAUGCAGUCAAAGCGUAUCUAGAAAAGCAACGAUGCAAAUGUAGAGAUCCUCCUGUUAUUGGAACACAGUCUAUUGAGACCUUGAUUGAUGAAGAAGAAAAACCAUCAGAAGUGGAGGAAGAAGAGGAACAUGAAUUACUUGAACCAAUUAUUAUAAAUGACUUUAGCCGUCUGGAUGGAUGUCCAGCUAUAUCAUGUAGGGAUUGGCAAAACGAUUUAUCUUUUCCACAUUUGAACGCUUAUUUAGAUUUCACCGACAAAAAAUAUGAAAGAGUCAAAGCUAUGCUGGGUAAUAAACAUUCCGAUGUUGUUAUGCCAGAACUAUUAGAUGUAAAAGAUAUAGCAUACCAAGAGCUACCUUUUUCCGAAACUGUCGAUAAGACUUAUAAUAAAGCUACUCAAUAUUCAAGUCAAGAAGACAUAUCCCCGCCAGCUUGCACUUGUACAAAUAAUGAUGUUGACAACAGAUCAGUACGUUCGUCUGAGACACCGGUAGAGUUACCAGAGAUGUUUCAACCAGAUCAUACGGAUAAAAUUGUUAAUGACGCUCUAAAGAAACGUAGACUGUCCUUACUACGAUUAAUAAAGGAAAACAGCAAAAUUGCUAAGAUUUUUACUGAUAUUGAAGAGGAUUAUGAUUAUGUGAUGUAGUUUAUUUUAUUUCAUUAUAAAUUCACAUUUAUAAAAAUCUUUGUAAGUUGUUUGUACAUCAAUUCUUCAUAUUAGCAAAAAGUGAGGAUCUUGUGAUGAUAUUGUAUGUAUACACAUAAUAUAAUCACAGUUUUUGUUAGCACGCAAUAUUUUGUUUAUUCAAAAUGCCUGUAUUCUUUGCAAACCAUCAAGUAAAGUAAUUGUAAUGUUGAGCUGCAUCGUCCUGAUAAAACCGAGAUCACACUGCUCAGUUAUUAUCGUUACAAUAAUAAUUAGCCGUAAUCUUUUGCUGACUUUCUUAAAGAAGCUUUAAACUUUUAUGAAUGUUAUUUUAAUACCUUAAAACAAACAUUCAUAUUUACUGGAUUUUCUCUGUAUAUCAUAUAACGAUGUGCAACUAAUUGUUAAUAAUGUGUUCGGUGGGGCUAAGCAGGUGCGAAAUAGGGCAGGGUGGCACAAAUUACUGCCUGUAUCUUCGCGGUUUUGCGCUAAACUCUAUUCAUUUGUUCUCGUUUGUAACAUACUGUACGAGUAUAGUGUAUGUAUUUGUAUAUGUAUAUGUUUGGGAUAACAAUGUUUGUGUAAGCAAUAAACUCACGUUUGUUAUCUA